CAGUCAAAAAUGAAUUCAAAGUUCUGGCUGACAGUUAUGUUUCUCACAUCCCGGAUUGGUAUACUUGACGCUAUUGGCCAAUGUCAUUUGGCGGAAUACUCCAUUGGUGGAAUGUUCCUGAGAGGUCACACGAUUAAAACAUAUCGGGUAGGACUCCCUGAGGACUGCUACUUCAAGUGCUUAGAAGAACUCAUUUGUCAAAGCUACAACUACGUCCGCGGCCAAAACCUUUGCGAAUUGAACAAGCGCACCAAGGAAGCAAGACCUGAAGACUUUGUGCCAGACUGGAAGAGAUUUUACGUAGGGCGCGUCACUCAUAGAGUUCCUCUCGGAACCAUUAGAGAGCUUCCAGCAGAAUCGUGCUAUGAGAUCACAGCCAGCGAAGGAAAUGAGGUGGUUAAGACGAAAUACUGGAUAUACUCUGAUGGGAAUAGUGGGGUCAUCGAGGCCUACUGUGAAGAUGGCUGGCAAAAAAUUAAUGGCGAAAAGCCUGUCUGCUUUGGAGCCAAAGAUAACGACUAUGGUGCCUUCAACAUAACAAAGAGUGGACGAGUGAAGACAAUGAAGCUUAUUCACAAGUCAGGGUCGGUGCACUGCAAUCCUUCAACUGGCGCAUCUUAUUGGGGCUGCACAAAUUCGUUUUAUUAUAAAGAUAAGUUAAUGACAAUCGUCACAGAUGACAGCAAUAACGCCAUUCUGCCUCCCGUUGAGGACAUCGAAAGAUUAAAGCCCGGUAAUUCUCACCAAUGUGGUAUCAAAAAACACUUUUACAGUCUUGAUGGCGCCAGCCUUAAUUCACCACAGCUCACUUUUCGCAACCUUUCAAAUCCAUUCUCUGUGUCACGCGGUCAAGAGAUGCGGAUAUGGUAUGGACAGGAUUGGAAAGACUGCUCGGAAAAUGACGGUAACAAGGGCAAAACCUGUGUUGAUGUGUACGCAUGGUAUGUUUAAAAACCAAACUAGACGGUACUCUUGGCUUAUCUGACAUUCACAAGAAUGACUGAGAUCAAAUCAAACGCUUCUCAAAGGACUUUGAUGGCAAAUAACAACCUCAUCAUAUGUUCAUAUCAUUCAUAUAGUAAAACCUCUGUUAAAAUGUAAGGACGAAUAUGUCUGUAAAAUUGGAU